AUGAGACCGAAAUCUGGCAGCAUCAUCCAAUGGGACAUCAAUGGUGAUAUAGAUGGUCCAUCAGUUCCCAGAAGAGAAAGAAAAGGGAAGAAAACCUCAACGACAGAGAAACUAAAGGACUUUCCUGAGGAAUUGCUACCAAGUAAUAAUGAAGUAGAAAUCGAUGCACCUUUCGAUUUUCAAGUGUUCCAGCAAGUGAGAGCUGAACUUAUGGAGCUUCUGAAUGGGAUUCGGGCUUCCAAUAGUACUGAAGUGCCAGGCACUGAAUCUGAAUGGAAGAAAAGGCAUUUUGUUGCGCAUGCUGACCGGAAGCAAAGACAAGAGGAAAGUUGGGAGGAGGUGCGGGAGCCAGUAUUGAGGUCAAUACUUAGGAAAAUGGGAAAACAUAGUUCAUCAUGUGCAGUUUGUGUCUCAUGUGCGUCGUCAGCUGUUAUCAGAUGCUUCAAAGAGUCGGGCUUCUCUACGAAAGCGUCUUGAAAAGGAGAGAAAACAACUUCAGCAUUGUGUUAC